UUGUUUACUACAGGAACGGGAAGGGGAAAACCUGGCUACAGUAGAUGUAGAUCCUAAGUCACCAUCUUUUUCAAAAGUGAUCCACAGGCUGCCUAUGCCUUAUGAAGGUGAUGAACUACAUCAUUCUGGAUGGAAUUCCUGCAGUUCUUGUUAUGGAGAUCCAUCAGCUGCUCGACGAUAUCUCGUCCUGCCUUCACUAGUAUCAGGACGCAUUUAUGCAAUUGACACACAAAAGGAUCCAAAGGCUCCCAGUUUGUAUAAAGUUGUUCAGCCAGAUGAUGUCAUCAAAAAGACAGGAUUAGCAUUCCCGCACACUACUCACUGCCUUGCUUCUGGUGAGAUAAUGUUGUCAUGUCUCGGAGAUAAAGAUGGAAAUGCUGAGGGGAAUGGAUUUCUUCUUCUUGAUUCAGACUUUAACGUGAAAGGAAGGUACUGUAUUGUUGUACUCUCUUGAGUCCUGAAUUUUCCUCUCCUGGUUUUGUUUGUUUCCACUUGCCUUGGUCUCUCAUGGAUGGUUAUAUUUUAAAACCAACUGAGUAGUUAAGAGCAAGAAAAUUACAGAAUCCCUGCAUGUGAUCGGGCAAGUCCUCUUUUGAUUCCUUGUACCUUGAUUAUCACAUUGUUUUGUUGUAUUUUAUGUUCUGUUACUAUUUGUUGUUUCUUUUACUUCCGUUACUUCUUUUUCUGGACUGCUUUGGACUGUUUUUUCUUG